AUGGCUGAUUUUCCUGAGUAUGGUAUUUUCAACUCUAGAUUUGGCCUGCCCAACUCUAACAAAUUUGAUCUUGAAGAAGCUAGGAAAAAUAAAGUGCCUAAUGCUGAAGACGCCUUAAAAAGUUUGAAGGAUUUAUUAUGUAGCAAUCAAAAUAAUGAUAUACCACAUUUGGAAGAUGAUUUUUUGAUGAGGUUUCUGUAUGCCCGUAAAAUGGACAUUGGUGAAAGCUAUACUUUAUUGUGUAAUUAUUUUUCUUACCGACUCAGAAACAAGGAGUUAUUUGAAAACUUAUCUGUUGAUGACCCAUUAAUAAAGCAAGCUCUAUAUGAUGGUUUUCCUGGAGUAUUACCUGAAAAAGAUAGGAAAGGAAGAUGUGUUCUGGUAUUUUUUGGCAACAAUUGGGAGCAAGCCAAUUAUCCUCUAGAAGUAGUCUAUAAAUCUUUACUAAUUACUCUGGAAGAACUGAUUACAGAUGUAAACAAUCAGAUAAAUGGUUUUGUUGUUAUUGUUGAUUGGACAGAUAUUUCAUUCAGGCAGGUAACUUCAAUAAGUCCACGAGUAUUGAGCCUCAUGGUUGAAGGACUGCAAGAUUGUUUUCCUGCAAAAUUUAAAGGCAUUCAUUUUCUGAAUCAGCCUUGGUAUAUCGAACGAAUACUCUCGUUUCUGAAAACGUUUUUGAAAGAAAAAACUAGUAAAAAGAUAUUUGUGCAUGGGAACAACUUGGUCUCUUUACACAGUCAUGUUACUCCUGCCAUCCUUCCGUCCGAGCUUGGUGGUGAAGGCCCUCCAUUUUCUCCAACCUCAUGGGCACACAGCCUCACAACUCAGCGACCUGAGCCAAAAUAA